UGUGAAUGCCCAUCCAACUCCGAGUCCGUCUUCGUGAUGUUUUUUUUUGGCAUUACCUUCGGUGCAUGGCCAUUGCGGCGCUGGUAGAAACACUACGAAAAUAGAGUUUUUCUGUUGUGAUAGUACGCGGGCCGUCCAUGUGGAUUUGUUGCAACAGAAAUCAAAUGGUGGUCGUCUUUGGGUCCGGGUCCGCGCGUUGCACACCCUCUGUGAAAGGCGCCAGUAGAGCUUGGCAGUUCCUCUCGGUUCUCGCGGGUCUCUCAUGUCUCUUCUCACCCAGGACUCGUGUCGUGGGACUCGUCCGCGAUGAGCUCACGCGACAUGCAGAUGCGUCCCUCGGCGACCCGAGUGGCAGCAGCGAGGAAGGAAACUACGCUAGUCCUGGGACAGAGAGCGAGACGUCGUCAAGAAUGGCAUCGUCAGGAGUUGUGCCAGAACUGAAAGCGGCGGUUGAGGUAGGCGCAGCGAGUGGACAGCGCGACGAGACAACUGCCGACGAGGAGACCUCUACUACUUCCAGCACAAAUGAAGAUUUUGCAGCUACCGCUUCGUCCAAGCUGGAACUCGGUGUAGAAAUUGUAGCAAAAGUAGAGGACGGUGACGGAGCGACGCGAGUACAACAGAAAACGAGCAGGAAAAAGACCAACAGUACAAUUGACAACGAUGUCGACAUGGUGGCAGGCGACCCGGAUCCGGAUCCGAAACCUAGUCAAGCGUCCGCUGCUCGUGAUAAGAACGUCGACGAGAAGUUGAACAUGCAGCAAGAUCGCAAGCGUCCUUAUGGCGUGUUCAAGCGUUACAGAUUCUCACCUGAAGAUCCAUGAAGUUGUUGUGAAGAUGCAACAAUAGCGAAAGCAAAAACAAAAAGUGAAAGGGAGAACGUUGUUGCGCGUCUUGCAUUCUUGCCGAUCUGGCACGGAUUCUAAUGCUAUGUAAUUUAAGUAGCGCGGCGGGGUCUAUGAGAGAGUGUGACUGUGUCGACGAGAACUUACUUGUCACGCGAAGAAGGUUGGGCGUGUGCAGCGUGAUAGUGAUUCUGUAUGAAGACAAGAAACCAUGCAAUAGGUCUUGAAAGGGUGACUUCUAGUUCUAACGUUUGACCGCCCCAUGGUCCUCCUGAAGAACACGAGAAAAAGAGCCCGUCGUCCGCUACGCGGGCAAGAAAUAGUCGCAGUACGUCUCGUCCACCACCGCGAGACGGAGACGCUCCUGCGACAGGGGACGACAGGAGGUUCAGAAGUGCCGAUGCAGUUACUGAAGAUCAUAAUCAAGUGCAAGAACAAGAACAGCAGGACCUACAACGGCAGCAUUCCGAGCAUGAUCGGAAAUUAUGGGACACGUCCAGCCACUUUUCAGACGGCUUAACAAAGGCGCGGAGGAAAUUGCUGCAAGCGCGCAUAGGGCUCGUGACGCGGAGGGGGUGGAAAAGCGCGACGGAGUAUAUGCUGUGUAAAAACCGAUACCCACCGAAGAUUUGUCAUGCUUAUAAUUUGCAUGCCGAUGCGUCUGCAUCUGCAUGCCCAGACCCAGCGCAUAUAUCCUUCAUGCAGGUUUGGGUCUUCACCUUCAGGGCAGGUCUUUUCUAGACCAAUGGUACAGAAAAUUUGGUAGCUAACUAUGCUCUAAUCAGGAUAGGAUUAGGAACACAGGGCAACUACACUCCGUGUCCAAAUUUACUGUCGUGCGUAUCAAGAGUACUAUUCGUUGCUGGAUGUCCUCGUCAUGGACCAACGGGAUGGGUACAUUUUCACUCGGGACAGAACCUUUGGUUCAAAAGUGGUUGCAACGUUUGACGCAAGAGGCAAUGCUAGUGACGAGCGCAACCUCCCACAACGUGCAGAAGAUGAUCACAGUUGAGGAGCGUAAUGCGGAGCUGCUUCACCUGCAGCAAAGCUUGUGCCAGUGGGUUCGGUUUGGUAUUGAGUACACGCAUCAGAAGUGGAUUGGUACCCGACCCGGCAACAUCCCCUUUGUCAUCAACCCGCUGAACCCGGGCGCUUAUUUUCGCACGCUGAAUGGGCAAGAGGCGAAUACGGUAGAAAUGUGCCGCAAGGCGUGCACGGAUACGGACGGGUGUACUCAUUGGACGUACAUAGACUGGGACGUGGAGCAUUGGCCACUGAACAGCAAGGAUUUUCGUUGCUUCUUGAAAAACUUUGACGUGCGACGUUUUCACAAGCGGCAAUGGAUACUAUGGGUGGGCGAGUUUCGAGGAGUGCGGUUUUCGAACUUUAAUCCGAAUCAUCGCUCUGCCAGCGGGGUGAGCUGUCGACCCACCGCGAACAGUUCACCGGAGCAAACCCUUUGCCGACUGCUCGGGUCCGCCGCCGCAAAACUAAAUAAAAAAUGCGACAGCAUUCUCUUCCCCUCUCACAAGUCCGAGGACUCGGCCGGAGCGACCACCCACAGUGAAGAACCCAGCGCCAGCGCGUCUGUGUCCUCUUCCAAGCAGCCAACACCAGAAGGCGAAAGCAGAAGGAGUUCCACUUCGCUUCUGUCCGAGGUUGACGCUAGCGCGCAAUCUCUGCAUGACGCAGACGAUCUAGCAUACGGAAAAGCACAGCCACACGCACAUGCACACCAGAAAAAGAAUGAAUUUAAAUUGAAGUUACGGCGCAGCUGCAGGUUGUUCCCUGCAAUAUUAAAUAAGUAGCCCCACUGAGUAGAUGAGAUGAAACACACACAACUACAGGCACAUCUUUGGACCGCCACAAAUUGCACGAGGACUGAUUUUCUGCUAUGGUAUGGCUGUGGCUGUUGCUGUGCUUUGCUGUAGCUGAAUACGCUCACCGGGUACACGGAAGCGCAGACAGGCACAAAGAAAGGUUGACUCGCCGUCGACGCGCCCGCGGAGACAACCCUUCGGAGGGAGACAAAGACGAGUUGGAGGGAACCACGCCGGUAGAAAGGCGGCACAUAGAAAGAAAGACCAAUGAAACGGCAAAUGGGAGUCCGCGUCCGUGGUGGGGCGGUGUGCUCGCGUCAGCUCAACACGCCGCCGCGUCAGCGCAACACGCCGCCGCGUCAGUUCCACACGCUGUUGUUGAUGCCGCGCACUGGGCGCAAGAAAAGGUCGGGGAUGCAGCGCAGAGUGCCAGGCGUGCGCUCGAGAGCGUGCCUUUGGUCCGCUCGGCUGAGGAGAAGCUGGGUAUUCCUCCAGCACCACAAACGGACGACGAGUGGCGCGCAAAGAUCUCCGCUACGAGCCUGAUUUACCACGGGUUUCGCAUUCCGCACGAAGAGCUGUUUGCCAUCUUUCGCACCUGGGACCACUCGUCUUCCAGCUACCCUGAUUCCGUUCACGGGCGAGGGACAUCAAGAACGCCUAACAAUCAUAGACCAGAGGCGGUGGACCCUGGCGUCGAGGAUGAGCAUGAGCUUCCUCGUGAGCUGCGCGCGGUGUUUCGCCUGCCCUUGCUUCCGGUGGAGCAGAAGGGACCGGAUGGAGCCACCUACUCGACCACCUACCAGCAGGACGAUCCUCGCGGAAGUAGCAAGGAACCGGAAAUGACCAAAGUCAUGCGGAUGUUGCACACCGAGCGUGCGAGAAAGUUGUUCAAGUACGACCCUGAAAAGGGAACCACAAUUAUAGCCUACAUCUCCACAGACAUGUGGCCGCCGGAUAUGGAGCGCCAGUGGAUGUCUUCGACUGCUUUGUACAAACACUUGGAGGGUAGCUGGGUGCAGCGGGAUCCGAACUCCGAUAUCGCCAUCGCGCCGGAGCGGCAUCAGGCAAGGCACAUUCUUUCUGUCUCCGACGCUAUCGGGUCACUGCAUUACCGUCAAUGGCAAAUGGCGUCACGCGACGUAAAUUUCUUUUUUUCGACCAUGUUCUCGCACCGAGGGGGCUAUGACCAAGCCUUUUUAUUGAAGAACAUGCACGAACACACGACCGCCUUUGCCAUGCAGUCCAUUCCUGAUCUCCUGAGCGCCGAAUACGACCCGAAUUCCCUACAGGGCCUCGAACUCAUCCACCGACUUCUCACGCACGCCAGCGCUGGGACGGACGACAAGAACCCCGGACGAGGUGCAGAACUACAAGAAGACCGUGGCGCGGGUAGAAGAACGUCGACGUCCAAGAAGGAUGUCGAAAUACGGCCGCGGGCCCACGACCGCACGGAAAAAUCCUUCACUCCUGCGAAAAAUCACUCCGUUAGCACAGCGGAGGAGCUUCUGUCUCCUUACAAAAACCUCGAAGACCUAGCGUCGCGAGUGAAUUUGUCUCCGUGGGCGCAGAAAUCUCGGACCACUAGUGAGAGGGCUUUGGCGACUCUCCUCUGGGUGGCUGGUGAUCUCAACCAUCUCUUCCACGAUCGGGAUCAAAAACGCCAUAGUGGUGUCGCCCAAAUGCGGUAGGAACUGCUCACACAGCUCCGGAAUGCGUAUGAACAAAACGAAACAAAAAAUUUCUUUGAUGCGUUUGCGGCUUGAGGACAAAAA